AUGCCGUUUGCUAUACAUGAUCCAUUGAUUUAUAAACGUAAUGAUCGUCAACAACGUGAGAUACACGAACAAGAAUAUAUAAAAUAUUUAGCUGAUUUAAAUCGUUUACGUUCUCAACAUAACAUAAAACCGUCCAAGUCCUCUACGAUCUCUUCUUCUCCCUUCUCGGCACACACAUCUCGUCUAUUAUCGUCAAUGACAUGUUUAUCUGAUCGUCAUAUGGUAGAACUUGAACGAAAUCGUCUGAGAAGCGCAGCAACACGAAAAUCAUAUUAUAAUGACAUUGAACAGCAAAAUCGUCAAAUAUUCGAACGUUUACUCAAAGCAAGUUGUCGGACACUAGUUGAUGAUCAUAAUCUCAAAUAUCAAAAACAAUUAGAUACUUUUAUGUCAAAACGUUUACAACAACGUCGAUUUGAUCAUCAAAAAAUUGAAUAUGAAAAUUUAUUACUCUCAAAACGUCUAAUGAAUACUCAAGCCCAUAUAACAAAUAAACGUGAACAAGAUAGAGAUUGGAAAAAACAUAUGGAAAUUAUGAAAAAAACAUGUCACUAUCCCGAAAAUAUUGACAGAUUUAUAACAACGGUACGAAAAACAAACAAUGGUCAACAGGAGAACACAUGUAAUUGGAAACAGAGAAAUGAACGAUCAAAAUCUUCAUUUAAUUUUUAA